UCAAAGGAAAAAUUUCUUCAGUCCAAACGCACUGGAUCCGGAGUGCAUCGAGUAUCAAAUCCGGUUCUUAUUCGAUGCCUUUGGCCAGUACCAGUAGCAGACUCACUGUGCACACCAAUGGAGUCAAACACCUCCAUCGUCAAGCUCCUCUGCUCCUUUUUACUCUGUUUUCUCUACGUCUUUCCGUCCAAUAUACCAGCCAACGCAGCCCCUUCGUUUCCUAAAGAGGCCUUGCCCACUAAAACUGGCUAUCUCCCCGUUAAUUCGACUUCUACUUCCGCUAUUUUCUUUGCCUUCUAUGAGGCCCAAAGUCCCAUUUCAGCUCUUUCUCAAACACCUCUCCUCAUCUGGCUCCAAGGCGGCCCCGGAUGCUCCUCCAUGAUCGGUAACUUCUUUGAGCUCGGUCCCUGGCUUUUGUCUUCUGAUGGGGAAAACCCAACUCUCAAGGCAAAUACCGGUGCUUGGAAUCGUAGGUUUGGUCUACUUUUCCUUGAUAACCCAAUUGGAACAGGGUUUAGUGUUGCUUCUACACCUGGGGAGAUUCCCAGGGACCAGCAUACCGUUGCCAAGCAUCUAUUUGUUGCACUCAAUGCAUUUAUAUCCUUAAACCCGUCGUUCAAGUCUCGUCCAAUUUAUAUCACCGGCGAGAGUUAUGCUGGAAAGUAUGUUCCGGCAAUUGGGUAUUACAUCCUGCAACAGAACUCCCUUCUAUCCCCUUCCCGUCGGUUGAGUUUAAGGGGUGUCGCAAUUGGGAAUGGAUUGACUGAUCCAGUUACUCAAGUCGCCACCCACGCCAUAAACGCAUACUACUCUGGCUUGAUCAAUGAAAAUCAGAAAACCCAGCUCGAGGAAUUUCAAGCUGAAGCUGUGAGACUGACCCAAGAGGGGAACUGGACUGAAGCUACGAACGCACGUAACAGGGUCUUGCGUUGGCUGCAGAAUGUGACAGGGUUAGCUACUCUGUAUGAUUUGAGGAGGAUGAGACCUUAUGAAACCGACGUUAUUAGUGUUUUUCUGCAGAAGGAAGAAGUAAAGAAGGCUUUGGGCGUGGAGACAUCCAUAAUUUGGGAAGAAUGCAGCGACGUUGUUGGGGAUGCAUUGCACAAAGAUGUAAUGAAGAGUGUCAAGUUCAUGGUAGAGGAAUUGGUGAAGAAGAGUAAGGUUUUGUUGUAUCAGGGGCAGUUUGAUUUGAGAGAUGGAGUAGUUUCCACGGAAGCGUGGGUAAAGAAAUUGCAAUGGGAGGGUCUAGAGAGGUUUCUAGUGGCAGAAAGGAAGGUCUGGAAAGUCAACGAGCAGCUUGCUGGGUAUGUUCAGAAAUGGGGGAGCUUGAGCCAAGUUGUUGUUUCAGGGGCUGGGCACCUGGUCCCUGCUGACCAGUCGUUGAGUUCUCAGGCAAUGAUUGAAGACUGGGUCCUGGAGAGGGGUUUGUUUGCAGAUGACGAGGAGAAAUUUCCAAAAUCUAAUUUGAGGAACUUCCUUUGAAUUUUAUCAUGCUUUCCUGCUACCACAACAAAGUAAAUCAUUGGUGAAAGCUUUGUACUUGAUAUUAUUAGUUAAGUUUGCCAUAAUAACAACUAGUAGAAUCUAUUUACAAUA